AUGGAUGAAUUAUUAUGUGAUAUUUACGGUAAUAAUAAAACGAUAUUGAAAAGAACGUGUCACGUGACGACGACGACGACGACGACGACGUCGACGGUGACGCCGAUGGUGGCGACGACGGCAACCACCUGCGAUUUAAGUUGGCAAGAUUCUGAUCAAAAUUUGAAUGAUCUUAGAAGGGAAAAAUACGAAUUGGAAAAACUAAUUGGAGAAAAGGGAAAUCAAUUAGUUAAAUAUUUAAAAAAGAAAAAUUUUCUUUUGAUGAAAAGAGAAGCUCAUUAUAAUGUAAUUACGGCUUACAUUCAAGCCGUAUCACCUAAAACAAGAGAAGAUACGAAAAUGAAAUUUUCUCUUAGUCCCGGUCCCGAAACUGGUUUUUCUCAAUGGGUCGAUGCAAUGAAAAUGGUAGCACAAUUACCGGAUGGAAUGCCUCCAGAAUUUAGAACAAAACUUUGGCUUCAAUUAUCGGAAAAACAUUUAAAUGAUAAAAAUGUCGAUUGGGAAAAAGCUGAGAGUGUCAUAUUUAACGAAUGGACGAAUCCAGACGAUGAAGAACUCGAACAUAAUCAAGCUCUUUUAAAAAGAGUUUUAUUAGCUUAUGCCAGAUGGAAUAAAAAUGUCGGAUAUUGUCAGGGUUUUAACAUGUUGGCAGCACUUAUUCUUCAAGUUAUGGAAAAACAUGAGAAAAAUGCAGUCAAAGGUGUUUUACCAGAAAGUUAUUUUGCUAAUAAUUUAAGAGGUUUAUCAGUUGAUAUGGCCGUUUUUAGAGAUUUGCUUAAAAUACGAUUACCCAAAUUGUCAAAACAUUUGGAAGCGUUACAACACGACACGAAUUCAGGAAUCAAUUACGAACCUCCGCUGACAAACGUUUUUACAAUGCAAUGGUUUUUAACGUUGUUUUCCAAUUGUCUCCCACAACAAACAGUGCUCAGAGUUUGGGAUUUGGUGUUUUUAUACGGGAACGAAGUUGUACUGAGAACAGCUCUUGCAAUAUGGGGUAUAUUGCAAGAAAGAGUAAUAACCGUUGAAUCUGCAGACGAAUUUUAUAGCAUCAUGGGUGUCGUGACGAGGGAAAUGUUAGAAUUCGGUUUGAUGGAUGCCAAUACUCUUGUCAAAAGGAUUGCCAUGGUUGACCCCUUUCCGAACGAAUUGCAAGAAUUGAGAGAAAAAUAUUUAUAUAAUAUUAGUCCGUGGAGUCAAUCCGUUCAGGGAGCGGCCAAAAAAGGGAUAAAAUUAUUAUACGGUGAUCCAGAUGAUCAAGAUGAUACGGAAGAUGAAGAUAAAAUUGCAUUUACGACUGCUUAUGGUGUUUUUCGAAGACAAGAAUCAUCGAACCGGGAACUUCAGAUUUCGGGUCCAACACUCGAUAUUGGUAUUCUUAAACAACAAUAUGCAAAAUUACGUCAACGUCAAAGACAAGCUCACGUCAUAAUUUCAGCUGCUUGCAAUUCAAAUUUUGCCGGAAGUUUAACGCAAAGUCCGAGCGUUUCCGUUAAUCAUUUAUUGAUAGGGAAAAGUGCGUUGGUUAAUAAAGGAAGACGUAUCGGUCCUCCCGAAGGAUCCAUACCUCCAAAUAAUAAAAAAAUACCUGCCAAAAAUAUUCACCAAGAAGAAUCUGAAACAAAAACAAAAAAAUUUACAAAUAUAAAUAAUUAUGAUAACGGAGAGGAAAAGGAAUCUUUUAGAAAUAAUAAUAAUAAUAAUAAUAAUAAUAAAUCAAAAAUUGACGAAGAAGAAAAAGAAAAAACGAAUCACGAUCGAAUGAGAAACAAAGAAAGGAAAAUCAGCAGCAGUGACGAUUCAACCGAUUCCAGCAGCACCGAACUUUGCGACAAGGAAAUCGUCAGCGAUUCUGAAAAUAGCGAUAUUUUUGAUUCUUCUGAUGGAAAAACAAUACCUGAUUGUGGUACCGUCCAAAAAUUACCACGAGAUUCAGAUACUUCGCUCAUUUCAACAUCCGGUGACAUUGACGAAAAAAUAAAAGAAAAAAAUUUUAACUGUGAUAAAUAUAAUUUAGUGGUGCCAGAAAGAGAAGAAGAAGAAGAAGAAGAAAAAUUAUUGAUAAACAUAGAAGAAGAAGAAGGUGAUGAUUUGUUUGAUUUAAAACUUUCAGAAGAGAAUAAAUUUAACGGAAAAAGUGAAAAUUUGAAUUAUUCAGUUGAUGUUGAUAAUAAGUUUUCAAAUAAAGUACAAAGCGUCAAUGAUGAUGAUAAGAGAGAAAAUGAUAAAGUGGAAAAUGUUGAAAGUAAAAAAAAAAUCGAAUUAGGAUUCAACGUGAUAGAAGAAAAUUCACAAAUGUUGAAUAAAUUUUCCCAGAGAUUUUCACAAUCGAAUAAAACGUUGAACGUUGAUAAAAACGAGGAAAAUGAUUUCAAUUUAAGGUUUUCUCUUUCUACAAAGAAACCUAUGAGAAAAGAUGAUGAAGAGGGAGAGAGAAACAUUAUCGAGGAAGAAAAUUUUAAGACUGAAAAUUUAAAUGAUAAAAACCCUUCGAUAAGAGAAAUGACAACAGAAAAGAGACCGGAAAGAGCAGAAAAAGCAAACAAAGAAGUCAACACGGAAAUAACUUUCGGUUCGGAAAAUAUUUUAUACGGAAAAACAAAAAAAGGAUCAAAAUGUUGGACGGAUACGGAAUCGAUUCCUAGUCCUCCUCCUGGAUCUCCCACAGGUUCAAAUCCUGAGUAUUCAAUGAAUUUAAAACUUUCUCGACCUUAUUUGAAGAAAGUGAGUAAAAAAUACGUGGGAGAAGAUGAAACAGCAUCAAAAUUAGAAGAAAGUAAAAGUGAUUGGAUGAUUAAAAUGAAAAAAAUACAAGAACUCGAAACUAUGACGAGAGAAACAUUAAACGAGAUUCAAUCGCAAUCGAGUCCGAGAAAAACUUUGGAAAAUUUUAAAUGUCGGAAAAAUUCAAAACGUUCGAUACUCGUGGACGUGGACGUCGACGUCGACGACGACGACGACGACGACCAUGGCGACGACUACACGAAAACUAAAACAAUAGUCGAUAAUAAUAUAGAAAGUUCAUUAUCAUCAUCGUGCGAAGAAAUCGGACGAAACAUCAAAUACGAAUCCAGUUCGUUCGACGCCAUAACAUCGAGAACGGAAAAACUACUCGGAAACGUGGAAAUAAUAAAUCGUUCUUCGGACGAUUUAUUAUAUCGAAAAAACGAUUUCGAUUAUUUAAAACGAGAGGAUUCGAGAAUACAAUCGACGACGUUCAACAACGACGACGACGACGACGAGGAAAACGAAUUAAAAUCGAGAUUAGAAUUUUUAAAAAAAAUUACAAAUUCGUCGAGGGAUUUCGAAAGGGAUUCGAUACGACGAAGAGAAGAAUCCCCGCUCAAUAAAACAAACGUCGAUAAUAACAACAAACGAGAGAUUCACACGAAUGUGAAAACAACGACGUCACAAAAUAAAAAUUCUGAUAUUUCAUGGCAGAAAUACGUUUUGGAAAAAAAAAGAUCAGAGAUAAACGUCGAUUUUCAACCGAGCAAAUCCAACUUUAAUCCUUUUCCAACUAGAACAGGUUCGAAACCUAAAGAUCUCGGUAUGAAAUUAGGUUUAUAUCCUUCUUCACCGGAAACGCAACCUAAAAAAGUAUAA